UGCCAUUGAUAAAUUGUCACAGAUUUUGUAUUUAUCCGGCACAUGUUUGUUAUUUUUAGCCUAUUAGCAUAUUGUUCAUUUUAUAACAGGGACUUUUAUUUUGAGACAUGUUAAGUUGUUAAAUGCUAUAGCCGCUCACCAAAUAUUAAUCUACGACAAGACUAUGUAAUUAAGGAGGCCAGAUCAUUCAAAAGCUAAUUAGUACUAUCGAUUAUUGGAAAUGUAUUCAAAAACAAAAAGGAAAGAGGCAGUAGCUUCUUCUAAGAUGAAAGGUUAUGGCAACAAAGUCUCAACUUAUUUAAGCUUUCAAUUUGGCAAGGAGUUGUUAACAAGUCCUGAAAAACUGCCUAUAAUAUCUUUUCUUAUACUGGCAGUGGAACUUGUGUUCAAUAUUUUUAUAAUAAAUACCAGAAAAUACACUGAAAUUGAUUGGAUCGCUUACAUGCAGGAAUGUGAAGGCUUUUUAAAUGGAACUUUAGAUUAUUCUCAACUAAGAGGUGAUACUGGGCCUUUAGUAUAUCCAGCUGGAUUUGUCUACAUCUACUCUAUUUUAUAUUAUAUCACUGCUGCAGGAAAAGAUAUCUAUGUAGGACAAUGCAUUUUUAUUGGCAUUUAUCUUUGUCAAAUGGCAUUAGUGUUAAGGCUCUACACAAAGAGUCGCAAGGUUCCUCCAUAUGUACUAAUUUUAUGUGCACUUACUUCGUAUCGAAUACACUCAAUUUAUAUGCUACGUUUAUUCAAUGAUCCCAUUGCAAUCUUAUUUUUAUAUCUUUCUUUAAAUUUAUAUAUGGAUUCCAAAUGGACAUUGGCCAGUGUUGCGCUUAGUUUAGCAGUAUCUAUUAAAAUGAAUAUAUUAUUAUUUGCACCAGCUAUAUUUUUGUUUCUUAUUGUUAAUUUGGGACUAGUGAAAACUAUUGUACAGCUUAGCAUUUGUGGAAUUAUUCAAUUAAUUUUAGGUUUGCCCUUUUUAUUAGUUAAUGCUGUUGCUUACAUAAAAGGAAGUUUUGAUUUUGGUAGGGUGUUUGAGCAUAAGUGGACUGUUAACUAUAGAUUUUUACAUAGAGAUAUAUUUGAAAGUGGAAAGUUUCACAUAAGCUUACUUCUAUUGCAUUUAGUCUUAUUAGCGGCUUUCUUUCCUAUUUCCUUCAAAUAUAUGCAAAGUUAUGUCCGACUGAGGACAGUUCAAAAACAGUUUGAACCUCAGAUAAAUGCCAAAAAUAAAGAACUUAAAAGAAAGAAAAUUAAUAAAUUAAUAGAAGAAGAACCUCUCACGGCAGAGCAACAUAAAUUUUUAAAAGAUUUUGAAAAGGGUAUUAAUAAAACUUCAACUCCCAAUAAUAGGGCAGUGACUGUGGAACCCAAGCAAGAUGAUAAUGUAAAGACUUUUGCUGUACAUUUUGAUUCUGUUACACAACUUGCGUUAUUACCAAUUUUUCUUUGUAACUUUAUUGGUGUAGCUUGCUCUCGUAGUCUUCAUUAUCAGUUUUAUGUUUGGUAUUUUCAUAGUUUACCUCAUCUCUUGUGGUGUACCUCAUACUCAAUCAAAGUUCGUCUUUUAAUUCUAGCGCUUAUUGAAUACUCAUGGAAUACUUAUCCUAGCACUGAUCUCUCUAGCUGUGUGUUACAUUUAUGCCAUGUUGCUGUAAUAUGGGGUAUAUACAAAAAUAUUAAAUUAUCUGCCAAGUAGAAUCCUUGAACUUGUAAUUUGUGUGCCUGUGUGAUACCAACAUUUUAUUUAUAUAAAACUGUUUUUUAUUAUGUAUUUCAAUGACAUAAUAUAAUUGCUAUAUGCAUCAAGACAAUAUUAGAGGAAUUAAUGUAUUUAUCAUUAGAUUAAAUGAAUUAUAUUUAUAUAAAAUUGACUAUAUGACACAAAUAGGUAAUUAUAAU